AUGUCCCGACGUAUUCAAGCGGAUAGUGAUGACAAUACUCGGCUUCCUGUGAUUGAAGUUGACCUUGAGGCCACAGAUAACAGCUCCUCAUACGGACAAGAACUGUCAAGUGUAUUCUCUCUCAAGCUGCUAGACAGACUAUUAACGGCUAAUAGAUCAGCUUACUCAACCUCUCUCUCCUCAUCUGCACUGGAAUAUCGUUAUGAAAAUGGCAGACGCUAUCAUGGUUAUCGCGACGGCAAAUAUCUUGGACCCAAUGACGAACAAGAAUCCGAUCGGCUUGACAUGUUACAUGAAAUGCUUCUGGUAAUGAUGAACAGGAAACUGUUUCUGGCUCCUAUCGAGUCUUCACCAGGGUGUGUGCUAGACCUGGGCGCUGGCACAGGGAUAUGGGUAAUGGACUUUGCCGACAACUACCCAUCAGCGGAGGUUAUUGGCAUGGAUUUGAGCCCGAUACAGCCUCAAUUUGUCCCUCCCAAUGCCAGGUUCCUGGUCGACGACUUCGAGGAUGAUUGGAUCUACCAGGACCAAUUCGACUUCAUCCAUGGCCGAUAUUUGGCUGGAGCCGUGAAGGAUUGGCGGAGGCUCAUGACUCAGGCAUACAAGUAUACGAAGCCUGGAGGAUGGGUUGAGUUUCAGGACUGGGAUGUCAACGUGUACUCAGAGGAUGACUCCAUCAAAGGCACGUCGGUGGAGAAAUAUUACUCGGUUGUUUGUGGCAGUUUCACCAAGGCCGGGUUUACCAUUAGCCCAGGCCCGCAUCUGGGCGAGUGGCUCCAAGAAGCAGGGUUUGAAGAGAUUCACGUGCAGAAGUACCGUGCCCCCGUUGGAGGCUGGCCCAAGGAUAAGUAUUAUAAAACCAUCGGGGUUUGGAACCUCCUGCAAGCGGAGACUGGCUUCGAGGCAGGUGCCAUGGCCGUCCUCACAAGGUUCGAAGGCUGGUCCAAAGAGGAGGUUAAUGUUCUUGUUUCUGGGGCCCGAAAGGACGUCCGGGACCCUAAAGUGCAUACAGUAGCCGACUUCUAUGUUGUACACGGUCGGAAACCUAAACGACUGACCGAGGCAUAA